CCAAGUUUAGUUCACAAUACUACGUUGGCAGAAACAGACGCGCGCGCGACGCAAAUGUUACCGACCACACGCGGGAAAUAGUUGCGUCAACUUUUUUGAAUUGGAAUAUUUUUUUCGUGAAUGACGAUGGGUGGAAGUGCCAGGAUUUUCGCCUUUUUGCUUCUAACCGCCGCUGUUGCAGCGAUUCCUGCGGGAAAUUCGAGACAGGCUUAUCAUAAUAUUGAUGAUGCCAAAGACCUAAAUGCUGAGUCGUCAGAAAUCAUAUCAGAAGCCGUCGCUCCCCCGGCUGUCCGACCUCAAGCGGCUAAGGAACAAGACACGGAAGCAGCUGCCGAUGAAACAGACCACUCCCUAGAACUAAUAGGAAACUCGCAAAAUUUCUUCCCGUCUUUCGCUAACCUGUUUGAGCCUCGCCCACAGAACAACUUUAGACUAGGCUUCGGAAAUGAAGGUGCAUACAGCCAAAGGCCAAACUCAUAUAGAUCCCUCCUGAACUAUCCACUCUUUGGCAAUUACAGAAAUGCUGAAACAUUCGGAAAGCAAGGCACGGCGUCCUCUGCCCCGCUCGUGGAAGCGAGCUCGAGCGUUCUCGGCUCCGGAAACUUCGGAAUCAUCAAAGGUGGAACAUUUUUCGCUCAAAAUGAUGAAGAUUCGGAUUACAAUGAUGGAUUCAGCUCAUUCUAUAACAAUGGACAUGGAAGACCAUCUAUAGGUGUAGGCUACAUAGCUAAUCCACGGCCGAAUUACAACCAAGAUCAGUUCGCUAACUUCAGAGACUUCGCCGAUAUUAAUACACCAUCCAACACCGCUUUCUCACAUUACGUUGUUGUUUAUGCAAAUAAAAAUGCUACAAUGGAUGAGAUAUCAGAAGAAACUAGGAAAGUUCUGUCCGAACCGAAGAAUAUUAUUGAGACACUUCAGAGGUUGGAUGAGCCCGUUGUGGCGCCGCCAAAGAUAUCGAAAGCGAAAGCGAAGUUAGAAGCAACCAAACAAAAGAUGUUGAGCAAGAAAGAGCAAUGGAAAAAGAAGAACUCCAAAUUCCAAAGCCCGAAACACGAUCCGGAAGAGCCGUUAUUAGCGUUAAGUUAAAGUUAGUGUCAAUACAAAGACUUGCGUAAUGUAAAGUGAUUCUACCAGUAAAAUGUGUGAUGUGUGACUUUGUCGUCACUAAAAGAAACUCGAUAUAAUUGGGUCUAAAUUUAGUUUUAAGUAAGUAAAUAUUGUGGUAAAAUUGUGUGCAUGUUUUGUGAAAUGUGGAAUGAAAUAGUAUGAAAACGUAUUGUGAAUAGUAAAUUAAAAUGAUAAGAUAAUAGCAACCUUUUUGUUCCACGGUCCAUUGAGCAAUGUUAAAAUAAAACGGUAUGUAGGUAAUAAAGUGGCGAAAGUGAAUUUCAUCACUGAACUAGAUCAGUAUUGUACAUAGCUUAUUAUCAUUCAUACUUGAUAAAUUACACUUUAUAAAAUAACUGUAGGUUUACAGUAUUUAAAACUUAAAGUAUUAUGAAUAGUUACCACUGUAAAGCGGGCGCAGAUAUAGACAUUCACAUAAGUAUGAUAAGAUCGCGAUCAUACAGACGUUAUCUAUUUUAAGCUUAUUUUUAUAUAUAAAAAUAACGUACUUAAGUACACAUUAGUUUUUGAAAUAUCUGGUAAAUUAGAUCAAAUUGCCUCUAAACUUGCCCGAGUGUAUAAAGAUUUUUUCUGAGAACUCAUGUAAAAAUUCUCCUAUUUUGAGUUCGAUGUCCCUCUCUCAUUUUCGCGUGUUAUGCUUCCGGUUGCAUCCAGGGCUGUCACACAGCGAAACCCGGUGCCAACCCUUUUGAAGAUUCGGCUGUAAUAUUAUAACCAGCCGCCUGGCUUUCAUCAAUCCUGUUGCCUAUCAGCUGCAAAGAUUGACCGUUAGUCGCCCUGUACGACACCCACGGGAGUGGGUAUUAUUGUAGGGCGGAACCACACACCCAUUUAAGUUAUUUGCUUAUGUAUUAUCUUGCCCAACUCCCGUUUUUAUACCUACUUACUAGAUAUAUAUCUGUGACAAAUUAAUUUCAACUGUGACUGUCAUCCAAUUCUUAAAAUAUAAUGUAAAUUAAUUAAAUAUUUUACUUUCA